UAAUCUAGCCACAUAACGCGCACCAAUAAAAAGGUUAGCUGGGAAGAAGAGUUGAGCGUUUUUUAAUCAUGGCGGACGAAAAAGAUGCGCCCGAAGAAACAAUCGCCGAAGAUUUGGUCGUUACUAAAUAUAAAAUGACCGGACAAAUUGUAAAUCGUGUACUCAAGCAAGUCAUCGAUAAGUGCGUCCCUGGAGCUUCUGUUAGGGAAAUAUGUGAAUUUGGCGACAACCUUCUAUUGGAAGAAACCAACAAAAUCUUUAAGAAAGAAAAAGAAUUAAAAAAAGGUAUUGCCUUUCCGACAUGCGUUUCGGUUAACAACUGUAUUUGUCACUUUUCUCCAAUGCCCAGUGAACCAGAUUAUACACUUAAGGAGGAAGAUUUGGCUAAAGUAGAUUUAGGAGCGCAUCUGGACGGAUAUAUUGCAGUUGUAGCACAUACAAUAGUUGUAGGAUCUUCUAGUGGAAGUAAGAUAACUGGAAGAAAAGCCGACGUGGUUUUGGCUGCGCAAUAUGCAUCUCAAGCUGCACUACGAUUGUUGAGGCCCGGAAAUGACACAUAUGCAAUUACCGAUGCAGUUACGAAGGUUGCAAAAUCGUUUAAGUGUAAACCGGUGGAAGGAAUGUUAAGUCACCAAUUGAAACACUUUAAAAUUGACGGUGAGAAAACCAUAAUUCAAAAUCCUAAUGAAGCCCAACGGAAAGAGCACGAAAAGUUUGAAUUUGACAAGCACGAAGUGUAUGCUAUGGAUGUUCUGGUUAGCAGCGGUGAUGGCGUGGGCAAAGAAGGAGCCACUCGUGUGGCAAUCUAUAAAAAAACGGACGAGAUAUAUCAACUCAAGCUAAAGGCAUCGAGAACGUUUUUCAGCGAGGUGCGUCAGAAAUAUGGAUCCAUGCCUUUUAAUUUACGUACCUUCCAAGAAGAAACAAAAGCGAAAUUAGCCGUUGUAGAAUGUGUUAGCCAUAAACUAAUUGAACCUUUUCAAGUUUUAUAUGAAAAGGCGGGAGAAUAUGUGGCACAUUUCAAAUUUACAGCAUUAUUAAUGCCUAACGGUACUCAUCAAAUAACUGGUUUGCCUUUCGACGCAAGUAUGUAUCAAUCCGAGCAUUCGGUUGAUGAUCCCGAAAUGAAAGCAUUGCUUACAAGCUCUGCUAAUCCUAAAGCGGGUAAAAAGAAAAAAAAGAAAUCGGAGAAUGAAAACGCUAUGGAUGUGGAUGUCACAGCUUAAUUUAUUGGCUGUUUCCGUAAAGCUUAUCACUCGGUUAAGUUUCUGUCAAAAUUUUCUAAUAUUUUAUUUGUAACUGUGGCAAUAAAAUCACAUUAAUUUUAUAUAAAAGGAGGAUCAUUUUAAUUUUAACUUUGUGACAAACAGCACCACUAAAAUGAUAUUUUUUGAUAUUUGUAUGUAAAAUAGUAAGUAUUCCACUAUUAUUUUAAAAACGUUGUGCGCACUAACUAAAUUUAAUGAAAUAUUAAAAAUGUUACAUUUUUUCAAUAAACAAAUAAAAUAUUAAAAUAUC